AUGGCGGCGGGAGGCGGAGAAGCGGCGACGGCGACCGCUAAUGAGCCGCUCCGAUACCAGGUAUAGAGAGAGACUGCAGCUUGCUGCCGCCGCCGCUGUCAGUGAUUCAUCUGCUCACUCGCUCUCUCUCUGGUGACAGACGUGGAUGCUCAAGGUCUCCAUCCACUGCGAAGGUUGCAAGAGGAGGGUCAAGAAGCUCCUCCAGAGCAUCGACGGUAAGCUCUCUCUCUCUCUCUCUCUCUCUCUCUCUCUCUCUCUCUCUCUCUCUCUAUAAUACUGUGUGGUGAUGUGGUGGGGGAGAAGGGGUCUACGCGACAACGGUGGACGAGCGGCAGCAGAUGGUGACGGUGACGGGAGACGUCGACGGCGAGACCCUGAUCAAGAAGCUGCACAGGCAUGGCAAACACGCCGAGCUCCUGCCCUUGAAGGCUCCUCAGCACAAGGAGGAGAAGGAGAAGGAGAAGGAGAAGAAGGAGAAGGAGAAAGAGAAGGAGGAGAAGGAGAAAAAGAAGGAGAAGGGUGAAGGCAGUGAGGAGAAGGCCGGCGGCGCCGGAAAACCCGCCGGCGAGAGCGCGGCGAUAUCGCCCCCUCCUCCGGCGGCCAACACUGCUGAGGACGAGGGUUCCCCCAAUGGCGGAGAGCCUCCCAGACCCGAGAAGGACGGCGACGGCGGGAAAGGAAAAAAGGAGGAAAACAAGAGCCAGAAGGAGGACGACCACCCUGUAAACAAGGAGGACAGUAAGAGCAAGAAGAAAGGUGGCGACGGCGCACUGGUGGCGCCGCCGCCGCAGGAGCGCCACCACCGCCCCCACCCACCGCUAGUCUACGCCGCGAGCUACAGCGCCGCCCACCCCACCUCCAGCUACAGCGGCGCCUUCUAUUCCGGACCACCGCUCCUCCUUCCCCAUUACUUCUUCAUCUCCUCCGGCGAGCAGCAGCAGCAGCAUCACUUUCCGGCCUUCCACCUCCACCCGCCACCGGGGGAGCCCAUCCCGCCGCCAGAUGACUCGCCCUACGACGUGUUCAGCGACGAGAACGCCAACUCCUGCCGCGUCAUGUGA